AUGGUAGGUGAAGAGCAGAGCCCUUCUGACACCAAAGUUCUGGCUAUAACCACAGGAUCUCAGCUGAUUCUAUCCCACAGCAGGGCUUGCCUCUGUAAGGGCCGAACACUCUACUCUGUGGUGAGAGACGCCAAGAUCGUCUUGGAUGUCAACAAAACGAGACAGAUUGCCCAAGAAAUUGUGAAGGGCAUGGGCUAUCUCCACGCCAAGGGGAUCCUGCAUAAGGACCUCAAGUCCAAGAAUGUCUUCUACGACAACGGCAAAGUGGUGAUCACAGACUUCGGGCUCUUCAGCAUUUCCGGGGUGCUGCAGGCUGGCAGGCGUGAUGACAAGCUGCGUAUCCAGAACGGCUGGCUGUGCCACUUGGCCCCAGAGAUCAUCCGCCAGCUGUCUCCUGACACAGAGGAGGACAAGCUCCCCUUCUCCAAACACUCAGACGUCUUUGCACUCGGGACCAUCUGGUAUGAACUCCAUGCCAGGGAGUGGCCUUUCAAGACCCAGCCAGCAGAGGCAAUAAUCUGGCAAAUGGGCACAGGCAUGAAACCCAACCUCAGCCAGAUCGGCAUGGGAAAAGAAAUCUCGGACAUUCUUCUCUUCUGCUGGGCGUUUGAACAAGAAGAGAGACCUACCUUCACCAAGCUCAUGGACAUGCUGGAGAAACUGCCAAAGCGAAACCGCCGCCUGUCUCACCCUGGACAUUUCUGGAAGUCUGCAGAGCUGUGACCGCUGAGCCAAGGGGACAGCGCUCAGCUCCCUCAGCUCCCAAGCCACCUCUCCUCCCCUGCUCUGCCCUCUGCCAGUUCAGGAGGCCAGAGGCUCACCAUCAGAGGGUACCGACCCCGGCCGGCCUGGGAGUGCUGCACGACUGAGCCCGGCGGCUUCCCUGCACCCAGACUCGCGCCUUCGCUCAGGCAAGGGCAGGGACCCCCCGCCAGGACUUCACGGGACCGGCUAGGGGGACACGGAGUUGAUCAGUGAGCCCUGGGGGACGGUGUAGACAAAAGAACGACGGGCUGGAUGCGGAGCUGCUGGGCCAUGGAGACAAGGGCAGGGGGCCCACGCGGGCAGGCUGGCAGGGCCGGUCUGUGUGUGCGUGUGUGUCUAUGUGCACGAUGCCGUCUGCUCUCAACUCCUCUUGACAACAGGAGUCAGGCUGCCCGGGUCCAGAGUAGGGCACCCCACCCCCAGCUGUUUUGGUAUCUUCAUGGGGGAUUUGGGCUGCGCUCUCUGCAAAGAUGGUGAGGGGGCUGCAAAGCUGAGCACCUGCUUAGUGGAGGCUACAGGGCUGAGAUCUGGGUGGGGGAUUCAGCUGUUCAUUUGCAAACGUCUGUUCUCAGAGGCUCCACACAAGCCCGUCAGGGUUUGGGUACUUUUGCAUCUCCUUCAGAAGUGCAUGUCUUCUGCCCUCUGGGUCUCUCUUGGGUACGCUGCCCCCUUUCUGCCGCCUUCUCCUGUUCUGUAACAGCCUCAUUCCUUUUUUCCUUGCUGCCCCCCACCACCACCGUUUGGAAAGCACAGUGGCUCCCUGGCCAGGAUGACUUCAGGGGGCCUCCUUCCAGCUCACCUUUAUCCAUGACACCCUCUGAAGUCUGAGCCUUGGGAAACGGGGCUCUGGGAGGGAUAAGUUCUAGGACAUUCUUUUUCCCUCCCUCUGCUCUGGCACUCACACCAGCUAAGUUUGUCCACCACGAUGACAGAUACGGGUUGCUAGGUUAUGUGUGUGUGUGUGACAGGUUGUAUGGCACGUGCAUGGCAUCCUGUUUGCCAGUGAUCCUCCCCCACCCCCACCGCUUUGCCCUUAAGAAGUCCUUGGGGAGGCGAGGAGGGCGGCUGUUCUUCAGGGCUUUGUGUCCUGGGCACCAGCCGGUGCCGAGCCCCAGAGUGGCUUCCCCAUCCGAUGUCUCUGCACACUCAGUUCCCCCACCUCCCAUCUCUUGCCCCCUCCCCACCUGGACCAGCUGCUUUUUCUGACCACACUGGGGUCCAGUGUUCUACGUGGAGGUCACUGGGAGCAAGUUAGGUGCAGAGCGAUAAGGAGAGCCUCUAUCUUAUGUUCCUUACCUUACAAGGGAAUGUCUUUCGUUCCCCAAACCCUGCACCGCACUCACCUGGCAUCAGGGGGAACUCUGUUCCCCAGUAGGGUACCAGCAGGACAGCUGGGCAUUAGGCAGGAGGCCCGGGGUCAGCCCACAGUCCUGCCGAACUUCCUGGGCACUGCCAGGGCUUGGUUUAUUCUGAUCGCCACCUCAUCCAGACAUCUCCCUCCCAGAGAGGGGACCUCAGACGUCAAAAACCCAACCUAGGCUCAGACUCAACAUCCAACCAGAGAAACAGGGAUCUUUCCCACUCUGGAUGGCCCCCAGACAGGUUCAUGCUGUGGGGGCCAAGCCUGCUUCCAAACUGGGGAAAAUGAUGAGACCAGUCAUGCUUCCCAAGACCCAGGCCGAUGGGGAGCCCUGUGCCUCCCCAAAGGCCUUCCUGAUCACCUUCCCAGCCGCCUGGGACCAGAGACUCCAGGCCCUCACAUGGGGCGUUCCUGAAUGUUCCUUUUCUGGGGGCAUCUGUCGCUGUGGCCCUCAGGCCAUCUUUUAUGUGUCCUAGAGCCAUUUAUACAUGUUUGCACAAACCCCAGCUGCUCUGAUGUUGCUGCAGGCAGCUCUCGUCAGUGGCUGCCUCCCUGUCCGGGCAGGUCCCCCAGCAGAUGUGCCCCAGACCUCCGCUUGAGCCUCCUGAGGGUCUUGCAUCUCUUUAGCCCAAUCAGACUUCUUGGGUCCCUGGACCCCAGUCUUCAUCAGGGACUUCUGUGCAGGGGAAGGAAAUGGGGAAGGGGAGGAGCAGUCAGGGUCAGCUGCCUAAAGCCAAAAUGCUCAUCAGAACCUCUGGUCUCUGUUGUUUCCUGAAUUAAACUAACACGCCACCCAGAGCCUUUGGCAGGGCCCAGUGACAUCUCCACAGGCUAAUUUUUCCAUUUGUUCACGAGCACCAGCUUGGGAUUAAAGACAGGGCCUGAGAGACCAGGGAGAAGCCCCUGUGCCUUUGCAGCUCCUCUGCCUGCAGAACUGGGUCCCACAUCACCUGCUCUUACCUCCUCCCUCUUUUCCCAGGUCUUCACUUGGCUCCCUCCUUCCUCCAUCUCCACUGUAACCAGUCCAGCCCCUCCCUGUUACCUUCCUCUGGCUUCACCGCCCUGAAUUGUUUAGAAGCCAGCUUUCACAGAAAGAACCAAACCGCUGCUUCCCCUGCUGACCUCCAUCCUCAUUCACUGAAGCACAGGGAGGAGGUCACGUUCAUUCAUCUUCUGCAAGGAAGGAAAAGGGGUGUGUGCAUUUACAUCAUAGUUGCCAGACCCACCAUUGGCUCACUCUGCAGAAUCCACGCGACACAGAUCGUGUGCACACGUCCCACCACAGCUGCACACAGGUGCCCAGCACCCAACUGCCAGUUACUUCUGUCUCUGCCUCACUUUCAGCAAACACUCACACACACACCGGCUUCCCAAAGGGACCAGUCUGUGGGGUGAAGAUUCACUAGUGAGUCGUGACUCUGCCUUUUUUGCAGGGUGUGUGGAUUUACACAAUGAAUUCCACCCAGCUCUUCCUGGCCACAGGUCUUUCAUAAAAUGGGGGCGGGGGGGAAUCCCCUUGGAGGGAAACUUCCUUGACCUUAUGUGGGGCCAUCUCCACAUGUCACCAUUCCCAGAGUAGACUAAAGAUCAGAGUCUGCACUUAAUUGUUUUGUCCUGGUUUUCCUUUUGCUGGUCAAAGAGAAAACUCUCAUCUUGCCGUGGAGCCCCCCGACUCUCUAUUUCUAUCUUGGAUUCUUUGCCAAUAGAAGCUCUGGAUUUCUAUCUGGAGACUAGAUUCCUGUAUCUGGGAAACCCUGGUCUGUCCCCUUUCCACCUCCCACUGCACACAUCCUGCCCCACCCCCCAUCUCCUGCUGUUUUUGUGAUUGGCUAAGGAGCAGGAAAAGGCAAUAGGCAAUGGCACCCCACUCCAGUACUCUUGCCUGGAAAAUCCCAUGGGUGGAGGAGCCUGGUAGGCU